AUGGCGGACAUGGAUUUCGAUUUCGCGGGAGGUCCUCCCCCUUACGCACGCCGCCGACGCUCCCCAUCUCGACCAUCUCAUCACAGGGCCAGCGACUUCGGCGUCAUACCCCAGAAUGCCGACCCCGACACUUGCCGCAUAUGCCGCGGGGAGUCUACACCCAACGAGCCGCUGUUCUAUCCCUGCAAAUGCAGCGGAAGUAUCAAGUAUGUCCAUCAAAACUGCUUGAUGGAAUGGCUCUCGCAUUCGCAAAAGAAACACUGCGAGCUGUGCAAGACGCCCUUCCGGUUCACCAAGCUCUACUCUCCAAAAAUGCCCUCGACCCUCCCGGUGCACAUCUUCGUCACACACAUGACCAAGUACAUCCUCAGUAAUGUGGUCGUGUGGUUAAGGGCGCUCUUGGUCGCCUGCGUCUGGCUCUGCUGGCUUCCAUACCUUAUGCGACGGAUGUGGUCGUUGCUCUUCUGGCUAAGCGAUGAAGGCCUCGGUAGCCUACUUCUAGCGAAGAACAUGGGUUCUUCCACUUCAGCCGAUACCGCCGCUCUGGGUGCUUUGGAAUCCGUAAAUAGCACUUCAUCAUUGGUAGCGAGCACUACACAGAGCCUACAGGACGCCGCCGCUACCCUCGUAGCGAGUGCUUUCAACACUUCUUCAAACGAAACUGUCACAGGGAAUCCGAACGAGCCGGCGCGGCUAUUCUUCUUCAUUCUUAGAGCGCUCUUCCCAUCGAUCACACGCAAGAACCCUGCCACAAUGGCAAUUCAGGAUGCCGGUUUCGGUAUUGAUCCGACACAGGGCUCUCUCCUCAGCAAUGUGACCUUUCUGCGCAACCUGACCCGGCAGCCAUCGAUCAACCGCUUCGUGAUUAUGGUCCUUGAGGGACAGAUCAUUACAGUUCUCGUAAUCGUCUGCUUUAUUCUCAUCAUUCUGGUUAGGGACUACGUCGUUCAGCAGCAGCCGGAGAUCAACAUGCGAGCAGCCUUUGCUGGCCAGGAAAUAGCGCGCCUCGACGACCAAGUUCCCGACGUCAUCCCUCGGAGAGAGCCAGAGGCUCAAGCUCCAGAUGCCGCCGGAUCCGAUAACGAAGGGAACGAAGGUCAUUUCCAGGCUCCUCAUAUCGAUGAUAAUGAUGACGAACCUGCCAUGCGACCCCCGCGAUUCGAGAACGAGCGCCCCAUUGCUACCUUCCGUCGUCGCGCCCCUCAGCAGUUAGAUGCGGAGCCAGAAGGUGAGGCAUCUUCCUCCCAUGGAGCAGUCCAACACGGUGGAACUCGAUCUCCAUUCGAUGACCGCGCAUCUUCUACAGAGGCCAUAGGCGCUUCUCAUUCUCAGCAUAUGCCUGGCCCUCGUAUUCCGGAGGAUGGGCCUUCAGAUGCCGAUCAAUAUCUCCGAGAGUACAGAGAGGCCCAAGACGAUCCUGAGGCCAUUAUGAGACUUCUUGAGCGUGACUUUCAGAGCUUCCCACGUGCCCCCACUCCUACGGUGGACAGUGCGGAGCAAUCGACCAACAAUGACGACUCUGGUUCAUCCGACGUAGCGGAGGCAUCUAGCAGCCAGGUAACUGAGCAAUCCUUACGGAGGGACAGCUACGGAGCACGUUCCGGAAUCGAGGACGUAUUCGGCCCGACGACAAUGAGAUCGUCGAAUGAGAAUGAAAGGGAGGAAAAGCAGGAGGAGGAGGAAGAAGAGAAAGAGGCUAUGUCAUCCAAAGCCAGAUCCAAGCAGCCCAUUUGGAACGAACCCUCUUCGACAGAACGCGGGACUGAUGCGCCAGACCAUGACCCUCUAUUGAGCAAUGGGAACCCAGAGCCUGUGGGCUACUCUCGUCGCCGUGCUUUCUCCGACGGGGCCCAGCCGAGAGAGUACGUGAACCCACUCGCGAACAACAGCUGGAGCUUUUCCCCAAUUCCGACGGAGCAAUCCUCGCCCGAUCAAGAUGAGUCAAACGACAAAAAUGCACCCACCUUCAUUUUUACGGCAAACGAUAUCCUUGUAGCAUCACCCAACGGCGAGGAAUUUGGCCCGACAGGCCCUAGCAACCCUGAUGAUAGAGUAGCACGCGAGGAAGAUGAGAAUGACCGCGAGUCCACCCCGUCGGAAAUUUUUGGCCGCCAUCGAGAAGAGACCCCUAUCGCCGAAGGACCAAGGAUGGAAGACGCCAGGGGUCAAGCGCCAGUUCCAGAAGCCGUUCGGGAUGCCGCCGAUGUCCCCGCACACCAAGUAGCUCAAGAGCGGCCCGUUUGGGCUCGCGUCGCAGAUUUCUUAUGGGGUGACAUUGAGGAUGUCAACGAUGAUGCUGCCGCUCGCAACAACGAGGAUGAGGGCGAGGACCUAGAUGAUGACGAUGCUGAGGAAGAAAAUGGCGAGGAAGAUGAUGAUGAUGCUGACGGUGGUGAGGGUGGUGGAGGGGCGGGAUUCGACCAAGACGCUCUUGAUGACAUAGAAGACUUUGAAGGCAUCAUGGAGCUCAUUGGCAUGAGGGGCCCCUUGGCCGGGCUCUUCCAGAACGCCGUUUUUUGCGCUUGCUUGGUCUUUGUGGCCAUCUUCGUCUGCAUCUUCCUCCCUUAUAACCUUGGCCGAACGGCAGUCUGCCUUGUGGCUAAUCCCAUGCGGAUUGUACGCAUCCUAUUUGCGCUUUCAAAGUUCGUCCAGGAUGUUGCGGCCGCUGUGGCGGGUGUCCUCUCCUGGGCUACGUUGUCCGUAAUGGCUCUUUUGGGACGAGUAACGGGGCGCCAAGCUCAUCUAGAAUCCAUGAACCUCAGCAUUGCGUAUACCUGGGAAUUGACGGCUAAUGCUUCCUCGCGGCUGUCUACCGGAUUCAUCCAAGAGCUUCCAUUCCACGCAUCUGAAAUACAGAACUUCUCCGCCGUCAGCCACAGUGCUCUCCUCGAAUUGAAGGGACAUGUGGCCACCGCGUUUGCCGCGAUCUGGAAUACGAUCUCCUUUGCCCUCGAUUCCCCUGCUCCAGAGGUCGCGAGCGCUCUACUCAACAACACAGCCUACUAUGCGGAUCUCGUCAAACAUACCACUACCUCCACGCUUACUUCCGUCUUAACCCCCGGCGCCUGGAUCAUUGACCUAAACAGCAAUGAUCCCCUGGUCCCCAUCGACCCAGCCCUCGCAUCAUGGUCCGGGACAGACAGGUUCUGGGCCAUUUCGGCUGGGUACAUAGCCUUUGCACUCUUAGCCACCUUGUAUGUUACCCGCGGAGCCCCGUUCUCCUCGGGGCAGCUCGGUCAGGAUUGGGAGGCAUCUAUCGUGGACUUGAUCAACCAGGCUAGCGGGGUUACAAAGGUCAUCCUCAUUAUCGGUAUCGAGAUGUUAGUAUUCCCCUUGUAUUGCGGCCUCCUCAUGGAUGCGGCCCUCCUACCUCUUUUCGAGCAUGCCACGAUCAAAUCUCGGUACGAAUUUAGCAUCAACUACCCUCUAACCUCGAUUUUUGUCCACUGGUUCGUGGGAACGGGGUACAUGUUCCAUUUUGCCCUUUUUGUUUCCAUGUGUCGCAAGAUUAUGCGAAAGGGCGUUUUGUACUUCAUCAGGGACCCCGACGACCCCGAGUUCCACCCAGUUCGGGAUGUGCUGGAGAGGAACUUCUUCACUCAACUCCGAAAGAUAAUGUUCUCGGCGCUUGUGUAUGGCGGGCUCGUCGUCAUUUGCCUGGGCGGAGUUGUUUGGGGUCUCAGCUUCGCAUCCAGCGUCCUACCCAUCCACUACUCGUCCAACGAACCUGUGCUCGAAUUCCCCGUGGACCUGCUGUUCUACAAUUUCCUAAUGCCGCUAGCCGUAAGGGUUCUCCGACCGAGCGAUGCGCUACACUCCAUGUAUACGUGGUGGUUCAAGCAAUGCGCCCGCACGCUAAGACUAACAUGGUUCCUAUUCGGGAAGCGCAAGGUCGACGAGGAAGGCACGCUGGUUCUGGCGCCAGACUCGCCGCAUCAAGCGCUCCCCUGGUACCAGAAACUCUUCUUACAUAUAGACCGGAACGAAGAAGUCGCUCCCGUGUCGUGGAAUGAUAUCGCAUCCAACAUAUUCGACCCCAAGCCGUCCCCCAAGCGCAAGAUGACCUCGUUCUCAAAGUUGAAGAAGAAACUCGUGAGGAAGGGCCAACUUUGUCCAGACGGACGGUUCGUCCGCACCCCAGCGUCGGACCAGGUCCGCAUUCCCAAGGGACGUAGAGUCUUCCUCGACGUUCACGAGACCACGCAGGCUCCGCUCGCGAAUGUGCCGAAUCCGAGCCAGUACUUCACCGACCAGUAUCAGCUCGUGUACCUACCGCCGAAUUUCCGUUUCCGGAUUUUCCUCUUUAUUUUCCUCAUCUGGAUGUUCGCUGCCGUCACAGGCGUCAGCUUGACUAUCAUCCCUCUAAUCGUAGGCAGACGACUCUUCAAGUUCCUGCUCCCGGCACACGUGCGCACCAACGACAUUUACGCCUUCAGCAUCGGAAUUUAUGUCCUGGGAACGAUUGCCUAUUCGAUCUUCCGCGCAGCUGCGCUCGCUAAGAAACUGCGUGCCUGGGCGGGCGUGGCGGCGAAGACCAUCUCGGGACCGGGUGCGGCGAAACGGAUUGGCAGCUUGGCGCUCCACGGCGCGAAGUUGACGUACGCUUAUUUGAACGUCUUUGUCUUCUUCCCUCUCCUCGCCAGCGCUCUUGUGGAGUUGUACGUCAUUAUCCCUCUCCAUACCUACAUGUCGCCUCCCAAGGUACCCGCCAUGGUAGGCGAGGCCGUCCCCGCAGCCGGCGGGGAUGCGCUAGUGAUCGCCUCGGCAAGCAGCAUCCACACUAUCCGCGCGGUCCAAGCGUGGACCCUCGGUCUCCUCUACCUCAAGCUCGCAACACGCGUGCUCAACACCAACUUCGCGGCCACCCGCCUCGCAACAGCCAGCCAAGCCAUCUUCCGGCGCGGCUGGCUCCGCCCCGACGUCAAGAUCCUCACACGCGCCUUCGUCAUCCCCGCCAUCCUCCUCUGCCUCGUCGCCGUCGCCGCGCCCCCCGUUAUUAUUGUCCCUCUCAUCAAGAAGGUCCUCGUGGCAGCGGGGGUGUUCGAGCGCGUCUCGGACGACCCCGUGUCGAUGGCGCUGAUUUACCGGUUGAGCUUCCUGUCGGCGGCGCUGGUGGCGCUGAGCUCGACGAUGGCGUGGAGUUUGGUGGGAGUGUUUAGGGGGUGGAAGGGGAGGAUUAGAGAUGAGGCUUAUUUGAUUGGGGAGAGGCUUCAUAACUUUGGGUGUGGGGCUACGGUGGCAGCGAGGGCAUAG